CCCUGUGAUCUGUCGUGCAUGACGACGAUGAUCACGUUUGAAUACCUCAUCCAGCUGUGUCAGAAUAAAGAGCAGGUGUGUCCUCUCAGCAGCGUCAGAGAUGCUCCAGGUGCUGCUGCUGAUGACUGCAUACACACUGUGCCUUUCCAGCUCCACCUGAUGAAACUCUUGCCCAAGUGCCAGCAGAUCGAGCUCUUCUUCUACACCUUCAGCCGAGAGGGUCAAGCGGACGCCUCCCGUAGCGCCUCCUGUCUGCCCAACGAUCUCCUCCUGAACCUCUUCCACGGCUCUCUGCAGAAUGAGCUCAGUGAUCAAGAGAUCCCACUGACCCAUGGUGAUCAUGUGGCAUUCAUGCAUCACAUCCCAGAGCGAAGAGACAGUCAUGUGGCUCCAUUCUCACUUUCUCUCAUUAAAGAAGAGAGUUUGAAGCCUCUGGAGAGGCAGGACACUGUUCUUUCUGUAGGAAGCAGUAAAGAGGUGACGGGCUCCUCCAGCACACUACAGAGCUUCAGUAAUGCAGAUCUUGUAGAUGGGGAGCCAGCUGGCGCGGAGCAGGGCAGCUUAUCUCCUCACUGGAAAUGUUAUGCCAAAUACAUCAGCCAUCAGCAGAUCCUGCUCACUUUCCUGCCAGCUACAUUCACAGGUGCAUCGUCUGUCAAUGCCACACCAAUUAGAGCUCAAUACGGAGGAGCAUCUUCCUGUGGGGGGAUCGUGACGCACACUCACAAACACAAAGAACUGGCCAACUACUGCAGCCUGCUCCAGGAACACUACUACCAGAGCUAUGUCAAAGAGAACGUGUCGGGCUGCUGCAUCGUGAUGGAGAGUGACACGGAUCUGGAGGUGGAGUAUCAGGAUUGUGGGAAUGGCGGAGCGGGGUCUGGAGGACAGGGAGCAGGUGAAGGCGAGUCUCCGUCGGACUCCAACACGGUGAACCAGGACGAGGAUUCCUUCAGUAUUCUGGACGGAGACUCUCUGCUGGAAGUGGAGGGUCCGCAGCCUGAGAUGCCUCCUCUGUUCGUGCACCUCACCUGCCCCAUGCUCACGCAAAUACUGCCAAUCUGUCUGAGUGAAGUCAUUACCUGUCUUAAGAACGCUGAGAAUCUUCGGUCAGUGGUUCUGAACGAGUUGUCUGUCACUCUUGAUAUCUUCGUGCUCACGUUGCCUCUGGAGAUCGAGGUCAUGACUCCUGACUUCCACCACAACAGGUACACGUCUGAGAUCAGCUCUCCUGGACAGCCCUCGUCCUCCGAUGAGGAGCUCAUGGCUAAUCUGGAUGGCCUGCGCGUGGGUAUGCCUGGAGAUCCCCUGUCCAAACUUCCUGUUCCGCACAAAAUGGCUGUUUUAGCCACCAUGGAUGAGAUCCGUUGGCUGUUGGAGGAUGAGAUAGUCUCUGCUCUGCGGCACUUCUUUAUCAGCUCCUCCACGCUGCAGAAAGUGUGUCGCUCCAGCGGCCGCCCGUGCCACUGUGAGGUCAUUCCUCUGCAGUUCGUAUUUGGUCCCGAGCAGUCGCUGGUAAAGUUUCAAGAGGAGUUCAAGAGGUUAUCGCUUCCUGGUUACCUGCUGAACGCCGAGCAGCACAACUUCCACUACAUCUCACUGAGUCAACAGCAGUUUCUCAGGCUUCAGGCCAUGAGACAGCUGUCUAACAUCUCUGCUCAGUACUCAACGUCUCGGCAGAGCAGCCUGUGUCCUGAGGUGGAGGACGGAGCCAGAGCAUCAGCAAACAGAGAAACAGAGUCCAAGAGAAAAGAGCCCGACACUGAGAACAAUCUCAAAGUAAAAAGAGGUUAUGAUGGAGGCGGCAGUGAUUCUGAGUGUGACGGACCCACUAUGAAUGAGCAGGAGAGACAGACGCCGCUCAUGCCUGAUUUCUGGCUCAUCAUCAGAAUUCAUCAGGACAGAGUGGAGAGUUUUAACAGAGAGAAAGAGGAGGAAGAGGAGGAGGUCCCAGAGUACCUGCGUCUUCAUCAGCUGGUGCGCCUCCUACUUCAGGACUUGCAUGACAGUCGCGUGUGCCACUGUCUCUUAGUGGCCGAGAGCGAGGAGGACAUCUGGAAGUAUGAGUCGCUCUACAGGCCCAGGAUGACCAGCUCAAGCGACUACAAUGCCGGCGAGAGCUAUCAGCCGCGGGACUACCUUGCCAUGCAGUUCAUCCCGGGUUACUUCGCCUGUGACGUGGUCUGGCGCACCGUUAUUAACAUUCAUCUCACCAUGCAGUUCAUCCCGGGUUACUUCGCCUGUGACGUGGUCUGGAGCACCGUUAUUAACAUUCAUCUGUGCAGAGCUGUCCAGGCCCUGCGCUCCGUUCUCAACGCUUUCUGUGUGGUAAACCCCAAAAACAUGUUUGUUUAUAAGGAGCGCACCACCAAAUCUGUCUUAUACCUCCGACUCUCUGAGACGUCUCAGGCAGGAAAGUACAGUGAUUCAGAUGGAAACGUGCACAUGUCGCGCUCUGUGGGUCUGGCCCGCAGCCAGGAGCCGCUGGGCUCUGAGGACCUCACGGCAUCACACUCUUCUCUGGAAGGCUCAAGGCGGGUUGGACUGGUGAACAAACACAUUUUGCUGCAGGUGCAUGGCAUAGGGACCGCAGGUCCAGAGAUCUCUGAUGAAUUGGUGAAGGUUUUGAGGAAGCGUCUGGAUGAGGCCACACUGGCCAUUAUUACAGUCAUGCUGUUCAUUCAGCCUCCCGGCUCUCCGGCGAUGGAGGUGAUGGAGUUCUGUCUGCCACUGUAUUGCGUGCUGUGGAUCCAGGUGGUGGCUCACUACCUUCAUCAGAACCUCCUCAUCUUCCUCCACAUCCCCAAAUACACGGACAGCAACAUAGAGCACCACUUUAUUCAUUACUUCCAUUUGAGCAGUGAGCUGUCCGAUCAUGACAUGUAUCUGUAUAAUAAACCUGGAGGCCAGGGCACAGGAGGCAAAGGUAUCGCCUGCAUCACGCUGUCGUUCGUGGAUGCUAAAGGCUGCACACUGCAGGUUCCCGCUCAGGACAGCAGCAGUCCGGCUCUCAGAGGAGACGUCUCCAGCAUCUCCCUCCAGCCGGACCAGUUCGAGGUCUUGACGACUGUCGUGUCAUCAGCCAGAGCUCAGGGUAACAUCAGCCCGCUGCAGCUGACUGACCGGCUCCGGGCAGCUCUACGCCACGGCCUCUGUGACGUCCUCAUGGAGAUGCGCAUGCUGCCCAACCCAUUGUGUCUGGACACCUUCUGCCUCCCUGCAGCAGCAGGUCCCUCGUGUCUCCGGCAGUCUGACAGUAAGGAGGUGAAGGAGAGCGUUCGGCGGCUCAGUGGAGCUCAUGGGCUCAAGAGCAGUCCGUCUCCCAUCAGCCUGAGUUCUGUGUCCAGCUCCACCCUGACCACUGGAACCAGCACGCCCGAGUCCACCACAGCCACCGGCAAAACCACGCACCACAGCUUCUGGGAAAUGCUGAGUAAACCAGAGACUUCUGAGCUUGGCAGUCCGAAGACGACGGAUGACAUUGUACCGGAGCGUGUCCACAAGAUGGAGAGCGUCAAACAGCAGUGGAACAAUGAGAAAGCCAUGGCAGUCGAGCAUGAGCAGGCCCACACACACACACACACACACACAGAUACAGCAGAUAAUGCGGUUGUGGGCGGUGAAAGAACACUAACAUUUCUGAUUCAGAUGACAAUAAGUUUACAGACGAGACAUGCAGUCCAGCUGGAGGAAGGUGAUACAGGCACUCUUCAGCCCCUCUACCAGACCACGUGCCUGCCCUGGGUCACCUUCAUGAACAGACUGGGUUGUCUGUCCAUCCAGCGCUGUUCAGCUGAAGCCUCGCAUCAUUUUCUUCUGCCCUCCAUCCUCACAGAGACUGUCAAUCUGGUCGUCUCACUGGCCGGCGACACGGCAGUCAAAGUGUUUGAAAGAACCAGCUGUCCUCAGGGAGACAUCUAUGUCCCCCUGUCAAUCAUCCAGCACAUCAGCCAAACCACCUGGCAUCACCAGGAGCUUCAUUCUUAUUGGUCGCAACUUCAGCCAAUGGCACGGCAGUACAGAACAAGAUGUUACUCUCAGGUGACUCUGUACACGUAUAACUGGUCAGUGGAUCUGGGCGUCCUGAAUCAGGGUCUGGUCAGACUGGUGCAGUGGCAGAACGCCAGCGCACAUGUGGUCAACUGCCUCCUCAGACAGAAAAUGGUCCUUUUCCAUCCUUACUGCUUCUCUGUUACACCUACACAUGAGGACCUGAAACAGGCCCUCAUGCUGGCGGGAUCUCUGCGUGUCAGUGAGUUUAACACUGAUGAACAUGCACUGCACGUUUCUGAGAAGUUUGACAUCACAUCUCCGAAGCUGGAGAGACGGAUGAAGACUGAGAAUCUGUUUGUGACGUGGCAGCAGCGCUCGGCUCAGUCCAGCUUGCCCAUCUCUGUGAGUUCACUCACACUGCUGCACACAGGCUCUGUCCGUGUGAUACUUAUAUUCUUUUGUCAAAAGAAUCCUGAAAAAAAAUCAGGGAUCCAUUACUGUAGCACUCCGCUGCUCUUUGACCCCGUCUUCCGGAAACAGAUUCAAGAGGAACAGCUGCCUCAGCCACAGAUGAAGAAGCGGCAUCGCUCCAGUGACUCUACAGCAUCCGGUCGCGAUCGCAGCUCCAGCACAGAUUCUGCAGACAUGCUGCCGAGUCGUCUGAAGGAGGAGCCGUGGCUGCAGGAGAUCUCCAGCAUGUUUCUGCAGCAGUAUGUGCAGUAUCUGCAGAGCAUGGGCUUCAUCCUUGUGCAGGUCUGUGCGCAGUCGCCUGCUCGCAGGUCUGUGUCCACAGAAGACAUCGCUCGAGCACGAGCCGCCAUGUUGAGUUCUUUAUCCACUGAAGGCAGAUCUUCCUUCUCCUCUUUCUCAUAUAAUAAGCAGAAGAGUGAAGACAGCCCCAAGGGCUGCUAUUUCAGCGUGAAGCAGUUUGCAUUAGAGUGCUCCAGGAUUCCCCUGGGUCAGACGGUUAAUUCUCAGGAGUCUCUUCUCAACAAACCUCCUAGCCAGCCGUUCCCCGAGGUGCCCACGGCCUCUGACUCUGCGCGUUGCAUCUUGGGAAGUCCUCGAGGUGCUGGUGAAUGUGGCAUCUUCUGGGAGGGCAGGACUAUGAUUGCUCUCAUUUAUGUGUUCAAGUGGACCAUCUCCUCCAUUUAUAAAGUCUCUGAUCGUGGGUUGUCCACACCCUGCGGCAGGGAUAACCAGCGGCACGGCCUUUUUAGGACUUCAUUUAGGUUAAGGACUUCAUCGCCAUACCCAAGGUUGGACGCAACCAUGUCUUCCAGGGUGAGCGCAUGUCAGAAACUUGGACUUCAUCGCCAUACCCAAGGUUGGACACAACCAUGUCUUCCAGGGCUGCAUUUCUACGUGAUCAUGACCAGUCAGAGGGAGCUUUUCCCGCGUCUGACUGCAGACAUGCGGCGCUUUAAGAAGCUUCCCCAGAUCCAACGUGACCCCGGUGACCUCAGCGGCCGCAUCCCUGUGGAGUGGAUGGAGGCCGGCAGGGAAUCUGAACUGUCCCCGUCCCCUGCAGCCAGCCCUGAGUCUGACCCUAUGGAGAGCCUCCUGCACGCAGACGCAGACGAAUCCCAGGGGCCCUUCUACCUGUGUCCUCUCUUCCCUCUGCUCAGUUCAGAGGUGCUGUCUGCUCGGCGGCAGAUUCAGAGCAGCGUGGAGCAGGCCAUGGGCCACUGCCGCAGGGAUAACCUCUGGAGGAGGCUCUUCCACGGGGAGCACUUGGCUCUGGAUAAACUCAAACUCAGCAAGCUGGCCUUCGGUGAACUGGACGAGCUGCUGGAUGCUGUGUAGAGCAGAUCGGUCUCUGAGAUUGACCCGCAGCUGGACUGUUUCCUGAAAAUGAGUCCCGCCUGGUACCAGAGUCUCAUCAAAGUUCUGUUGUCCCGCUUCCCACAGAACUGCAGGCACUUUAAAGGUGAUGGCGGUGGCAUACAGUAUCUGGCCGUCCUGAACCAGAAGUUUACAGACUGUUUUGUGCUCUUUUUCCUGGACACACAGGCAGGAAAAACUAGUCUGAAGGUUGUUUUCAGGGAGCCGUUACCUGCGCAGAUGCAGCCUCCACCGCAGCUGGUCUCCAUGUACCACCAUCUGGAGUCGGUCAUCAGCACCACCUGCUACAACCUCUGGACAAGCCUGCUGUGAACCUGUGUUUCUGCCAGCGGUGCAUCAGACAGAAUCAAGUGUCUGAAGUCGGUUUGUGCAAAGAUGUUGUGCGUCACUCGCAGACUGAGACUGAACGCGUCUCGAGUGUGUAAUGUGUGCUGCGUCGGCCAGCAUGCAUCCAUUUAAGCAAUUGAAUUGCCAACAUUUGCUCAGGAAACCGGCUAAAUGCACCGCCCUGUUGAUUGAAGGGUGAUUAUCCAGGAGGGUGUAUGUAUUGUGUGUGAGACUCUGGUUUGCCAAAGCCAUGAUGUCCUUCUGUAGUCUAGUGUUCAUUUGUGCUGUUUUCUCCAUCUCCUCUCAGUUGCUGAUGUCGUUUCUGUAGCCU